UUGGUGCUGGAAGCAGAUCUGACAGAGUUUGACGUCGCCAAUUCUCAUCUCCCCUCCGAGGUUCUCUACAUGCUAAAAAACGUCCGGGUGCUGGGUCACUUUGAGAAGCCGUUGUUCCUGGAGCUUUGCAAACACAUGGUUUUCCAACAAUGUCAACAAGGUGAUUACGUUUUCCGACCCGGACAACCAGACACCAGCAUCUACGUCCUCCAGGAUGGCAAGCUGGAGCUGUUCCUCACCGAACCGGAUGGGAAGGAGACGGUGAUGAAGGAGGUGUUCCCCGGGGACAGUGUGCACAGUCUGCUCAGCAUCCUUGAUGUCAUCACGGGCCACCAGCGACCAUACCGGACAGUGUGUGCCCGAGCGGCAGAGGACUCCACCAUCCUGCGGCUGCCGGUUGAAGCCUUCUCUGCCAUCUUCGAGAAGUACCCCGAGAGCUUGGUGCGGGUGGUGCAGAUCAUCAUGGUUCGUCUGCAACGCGUCACCUUCUUGGCGUUGCACAACUACCUUGGGUUGACCAACGAGCUCUUCAGCCACGACAUGCAACCACUGCGGCUCUUCCCUCAACCUGGCCACACUGCCCGCACCAGCCCUGUCCGCCACAGCAAACGAGGGCCCGGUGGUGCCGAUGAGGGCAAGGAACCGCCUGAUCCGCUGAAAGCUGGAGGCCUGGAGACCACUGUGCCGCCGUUGAGCCGUUGCAUCUCCAUGCCAGUGGAUAUCUCCGGCAUCCAGAAAGGUCACCGCUCCGACUUUGACAUGGCCUAUGAGCGCGGCCGCAUCUCGGUGUCACUGCAGGAGGACAGCGCUGGCGCCUUGGCUGCCUUCUCCCAGUCUGUCUCGCAUGAGGCCAAGGAGCGCAAAUCGGUGACAGUGGAGGAGCAACCAUCUGGUGUCUACCACUGCAACUACUGCGAGGACGAUUCGGCAACCGGGUAUUGUCCCUUCGGGCCCUACCAGGGCCGCCAGACCAGUGCCAUCUUCGAGGCUGCCAAGCGGGAGCUGGUCAAGCUCAUGAAGGUGGAGGACCCUUCUCUUCUCAACAACCGUGUCUUGCUCCAUCAUGCCAAAGCCGGAACGGUCAUUGCCCGUCAAGGGGACCAGGACGUGAGCCUCCACUUUGUGCUGUGGGGUUGCCUGCACGUGUACCAGCGGAUGAUUGACAAGGCAGAGGACGUCUGCCUCUUCUUGACACAGCCCGGUGAGAUGGUGGGACAGUUGGCCGUGCUCACUGGUGAGCCUCUCAUCUUCACCAUCAAGGCCAACCGCGACUGCACCUUCCUCAAGAUCUCCAAGUCAGACUUCUACGAGAUCAUGCGGGAGCAGCCCAGUGUGGUGUUGAGCGUCGCCCACACCGUGGCUGCCCGUAUGUCACCCUUCGUGCGCCAGAUGGACUUUGCCAUCGACUGGAUGGCGGUGGAGGCUGGACGGGCGCUCUACAGGCAGGGUGACAAGUCGGACUGCACCUACAUCGUGCUCAAUGGGCGCCUCCGCUCCGUCAUCCAGAAGGGCAGCGGCAAGAAGGAGCUCAUUGGGGAGUACGGCCGUGGAGACCUCAUCGGUGUGGUGGAAGCUCUCACCCGGCAGCCCCGUGCCACCACGGUCCACGCAGUCCGGGACACAGAGCUGGCCAAGCUGCCUGAGGGCACCUUGAACAACAUCAAGCGUAGAUACCCCCAGGUUGUCACCCGCCUCAUCCACCUCCUGAGCCGGAAGAUCUUGGGAAACCUUCAGCAGCUUCGUGGCCCCUUUGCAAGCUCUGGCUUGGGCAUGGCCUCCAGCUCGGAACCCACCAACCCCACCAGCAACCUGUCAACGGUGGCGGUGCUGCCGGUGUGCGAUGAUGUGCCCACAGCUGCCUUCACACUGGAGCUCAAGCACGCGCUCAACGCCAUCGGUCCCACACUGCUUCUCACCAGUGACAUUAUCCGUGCUCGUCUUGGCUCUUCGGCAUUGGACAGCAUCCAGGAGUACCGCCUGUCGGGCUGGCUGGCACAGCAGGAGGACAUCCACCGCAUCGUCCUCUACCAAACCGAUAGUACCUUGACACUGUGGACCGUGCGCUGCAUCCGUCAAGCUGACUGCAUCCUCAUCGUAGGGUUGGGCGACCAAGAGCCGGUGCUAGGAGAGGUGAGAUGGGUGGUAGAUGGUG